AGUCAAGCAGCAGCCACUGAACAACUCGAACGUACGUAUACAUGCGGGCAUGCGAACAAUACGCGGCAUCGCACUCAAUGAUGCCCAACGGACAAUAACAACAACAGUCGAUAAAGUGCACCAUAAAGUGACUACCACAUGCUACGACCACCAUGUUCGUGCAGUAGAGAACAGUUCCGAUGGGAUCGUCGUCGACUGCCGUGUGCGCGGUCCUUAUCGGAGCCGUGUUCGGGGUGCUGUCCGCGUCCCUAAGCAAGGCGCUCCGGUACCAGGCGCCCGACGAAUGCAAAUGGGUAGUCGAAGGGGACAACGGUGCCAACGAUGAAGACGUCGCCUUGGUGUGCCGACUUCGCACCAUCAACUCCGAACUCGAAAACACCAAUUUCAGCGUGAUCCAGCCGCAGCAUACCGUGCGACUGCGUCUGGAAUGCAGCGACGCGCUCUUCUUCCAAAGCUCUCUCAACGCAGGCAGCUUUCGACCGUUGGUUGAACUCAAAGAGCUUUCCAUCGAGUACUGCAAAAUUGGAAACUUGUCCGACGGUGCCUUCCGCGGCCUGACGCAGCUGAGAAAUCUCACGAUACGGACCCACAACACCGACUGGUCGGCAAUGUCGCUGGAAAUAUCACCUGGUGUCUUUACCGAGGAACUUCGACUGCUCGAAAGGCUAGAUCUAGGCGAAAAUAACAUGUGGUCGCUACCAGAAGCGGCCCUAUGUCCUCUAUACUCUUUGGAAGUGCUAAACCUUACCCACAACAGAUUACGUGACCUAACCCCCUUCAAGUUCGGUUAUAAUCCAUCGGAACGUUGCGGCGGUAACCUCCGAAUACUCGACUUAUCAAGAAACAAUAUCGACAGGUUAUCAGCAAAUCAACUGUCAGGGCUUACGCGCCUCCAAAAGUUGUACCUCCAAGGGAACGGUCUCGUCCAUCUUGCCGACAGGGCGUUUGAAGGCUUGGUCGGAUUGUAUAUUAUAAAGUUGUCGGACAACAGACUAGUUAGUUUACCACCUGAACUGUUCUCCGACACGAGAGACAUAAAAGAGCUAUAUCUCCAAAACAAUUCCAUCAACGUGUUGGCACCGGGACUUUUUAGCGAAUUGCAACAGCUACUCGUCCUUGAUCUUUCGCGCAACGAACUUACCGCCGACUGGAUAAAUGCAGCAACAUUUACAGGCUUGGUGCGCUUGGUGGUCCUUGACAUAUCGCACAAUCGUAUAACAAAAUUAGAACAAUCAGUGUUCCGAGACCUGUACAGUUUACAAAUAUUAAGACUGAACGACAACUUCAUAGAAGGGAUACCGGAAAACACGUUCUCAGCAUUGUACAAUUUACAUACGCUAAUUAUAUCGAACAAUCGUUUAACGAUGAUCGAAGGCGAUACGUUUAAUGGCCUUUUCGUCUUAUCGUUACUGUCAAUAGACAAUAAUCGUAUAUCGAAAAUCCAUCCCGAAGCGCUAAAAAAUUGUUCAAGUUUACAUGACUUGCACCUGAACGGUAACAAACUGUACGCAGUGCCCGAGGUGAUCAAAAAUGUGCCGUUACUACGGACGCUCGAUUUGGGAGAAAAUCACAUCGACAAAAUAACUAACGACACUUUCAUGGAAAUGAAACAGCUUUUCGGGCUACGGCUGACCGAAAAUUACAUCGGAAACAUUUCGAAGGGCGUGUUCAGUAAAAUGACGGCAUUAAAAAUUUUAAAUUUAUCACGGAAUAAAAUCCAGAAAAUCUCGUCGGGUGCCUUCGACGAAAACAUCAAUCUACAGGCAAUAAGACUAGAUGGAAACUAUUUAACUGACAUCGAAGGUCUGUUCACCAAGUUACCGAACUUAAUAUGGCUCAACAUAUCCGACAACGAACUCCGAUGGUUCGAUUACGCAUUAAUACCAACAGGUCUGCAAUGGCUCGACAUCCAUGCCAAUCAAAUAACAGAGCUAGGAAACUACUUCGAAAUAGAAUCCACACUAUCGUUAAGUACCUUUGACGCAAGUGCAAAUAAACUGACGGAAAUAACAGGCAGUGCGAUCCCGAACAGUGUCGAAGUGCUAUUUCUGAACGACAAUCUCAUAACCAAAGUACAAUCUUACACGUUUUUCAAAAAACCAAACCUAACAAGAGUCGACCUUUUCGGAAAUAAAAUAACGCAUCUCGAUCCGAAUUCGUUGCGUAUUUCGACCGUUCCUUCCGACAAAUCAUUGCCUGAAUUCUACAUCGGCGGCAACCCUUAUCAGUGUGACUGUACCAUGGAAUGGUUGCAAAAGGCCAACUUAGGAAACCGAGCUAGAACUCAACCGAAACUUGUCGACUUGGAGAGCAUCUACUGCCAACUGCUGUACAACCGCGGACGAUCUUAUAUUCCUUUAGUGGAAGCCGCUCCUUAUCAGUUCCUGUGUACGUACGAAACUCAUUGUUUUGCCUUGUGUCAUUGUUGCGACUUUGACGCCUGCGACUGUGAAAUGACCUGUCCCACCAAUUGCACCUGCUACCACGAUCAAUCCUGGUCAGCAAAUGUCGUCGAUUGUUCGGUCAGCGGUCACGUUUCGCAGCUACCGCAAAGAAUUCCCAUGGACGCUACCCAAUUAUUUUUGGAUGGAAACAACCUGCCAAUAUUGAGCAGCCACGCGUUCAUCGGUCGUAAAAGAUUGAAAGUCCUUUUUCUUAACAAUUCAAACGUCGAAACGAUUCAAAACAAAACGUUUAACGGAUUAAGGCAACUCGAGGAACUUUAUCUCAGUGCAAACAGAAUCGUGGAGCUGUUGGGAUACGAAUUCGAAGGUUUGGAGAACCUCCGUGAGUUGUUUUUGGACCGGAACCGUAUUUCGCAUGUCCAGAAUGAGACUUUCACUCGUCUAAAGCAUCUACGAGUGUUAAAGUUGAAUCACAACAGAUUACUGCAGUUGAACGUGUGGCUGUUUCCGAAAUCCAUAACGGAUUUAACAUUAUCGCAUAAUCCGUGGACUUGCGAUUGUGGUUUUGUGGAAAGGUUGAGAGAUUGGAUUGUACGCGGUGAUUCGGUAACAGAUUCCUCAAGAGUGCGUUGUGUACAUAACGUUUCGAGCAACGAACAGGACUUGUCUAGUGACAGUGAUAAUAAUGUUCACGGUUUCUUUUUAAUGGCCGAAAACGGUAGCAGUGUAUGUUCGGGUAACGCGGCGAUGGACAACAGUGUGGAAGGCAACGCGACCGCAACGAAAACCAUAAUAAUGCCUCAGCCUAUUCAAGAUUAUAUUCCGCUUUUGGUCGUAACGCUGGGCGUGUUUGUGAUAAUUGUAACGUUAACGUUACUGAUCUUUAUAUUUCGACAGGAAGUGCGUGUGUGGGUUCAUUCCAAGUUCGGUGUCCGGCUGUUUUAUCGUCCGUCCGACCUCGAUCUAAACGAUCGCGAUAAAUUGUUUGACGCCUUCGUGAGUUACAGUUCGAAAGACGAGGCGUGGAUCGCCGAGGUCCUGGCGCCUACCCUCGAACCGAACUACAAACUUUGCCUGCACUAUCGCGACUUCCCCGUGGGUGCAUACCUCGCUGACACGAUAGUCCAGGCCGUCGAAUCGUCCAAAAGGACGAUCAUGAUCCUGUCCGAAAAUUUCAUCAAGUCCGAGUGGUGCAGGUUCGAAUUUAAGUCCGCGCACCACCAAGUUUUGAAGGACAGGCGAAAAAGACUUAUCGUAAUCCUUUUGGGAGAUUUGCCCCAAAAGGACCUCGAUCCGGAUAUCCGGUUGUACUUAAAGACUAACGUUUACUUGCAGUGGGGCGACAAAAUGUUUUGGGAAAAGCUAAAGUUCGCGCUUCCAGACGUUCCUAAUCAGAGGCGGCGCGGUUCGGUGCGCAACCCUCACGUUCACCACCACGUUCAUCGGCACAACGUUCGCGGACAACCACCGAAUCCACCAGGAGGUGGAACCACGAGGACUGUUUCAAUACAUAUUUAGCGUCUGUUUGUUUGUUAUAGAAAAAAAAAAAGAAAUUG